CUACUUUAUCUGUGAUUUCAACGACCUACAAAUCAGAAAAGGUCGAUCCUACGGUUUAACAUAAAACCGUCCAGAUCAUCAGGACGGCAUAGAUUUAGCUUCAUCCAGAAUCAAACAUGUUGCGAACGAUUGUAUUACGAAACCAGUUACUAAACAAUAGCUUAAAUAAAGUGGUCAGGAGCAAUAUCACGAGAUGUGUAAGCACCGAGUUGGCCCGUCGAAAGCACCCUAGCAAAUUACUCUCAGCAUCACAUGUGAAGCGAGUGCUCGCCGCCCCACAAUGGACCCCACAGCUGAGACACUACUCCGACCUGCCCACACAUUCGAAGGUCAACCUCCCCGCGCUGUCGCCCACCAUGGAGAGUGGCUCCAUCGUCAGUUGGGAGAAGAAGGAGGGAGACAAACUCAGUGAAGGCGACCUGCUCUGCGAAAUCGAAACAGACAAGGCGACCAUGGGCUUCGAGACCCCCGAAGAAGGCUACCUGGCCAAGAUCCUCAUCCCAGCCGGCACCAAAGGCGUAGCCGUCGGCAAGCUGCUCUGCAUCAUUGUGGAGAACCAGGCCGAUGUUGCUGCCUUCAAGGACUUUAAGGAUGACUCCACUGGAGCCCCGGCGAAGCCCCCAGCUGAAAAAGCCCCGGCGGCAGCCGCCCCGGCCGCGCCGGGCGCGCCGGCCCCCGCGCCGGCCGCCCCCGCCGCGCCCGCAGCCCCCGCCCCCCCCCCCCCCCCCGCCGCCGCCGCCGCCGCGCCCGGAGGUAGGGUGUACGCGAGCCCCAUGGCCCGGAGACUGGCCGAGAUUAGGAACAUCCGGCUGGGAGGCACGGGCUCCGGCCUGUACGGGUCCCUGAAGAGCGGCGACCUGUCGGCCGCCGCCGCCGCGCCGCCCGUGUCCUUCGCCGUGCCCGCGCCCGCGCCCGGCGCCGCCUUCGUGGACAUCCCCCUGUCGGGCAUGAGGGAAACCAUUGCCAAGAGACUGAGCGCCGCGAAGCAGCAGAUACCUCAUUAUCAGCUUGUGGCCACGGUUAAUGUAGAGAAGACGCUAGAGAUGCGAGAGAAGAUCAACGCUAGAUUAGCUAAAGAAAGCCCCGGUGUCAAGGUGUCGGUGAAUGAUUUCAUCAUCAAAGCCGUGGCGGCGGCGUGCAAGCGCGUCCCCACCGUCAACUCGCACUGGAUGGAGACCUCUAUCAGACAAUUCUCGAACGUAGACGUGAGUGUAGCCGUAGCCACGCCCACCGGCCUAAUCACGCCCAUCAUCUUCAACUCCGACUCGCGCGGCGUCAUCGACAUCUCCAAAACCAUGAAGGAGCUCGCACAGAAGGCUAAGGACGGCAAGCUGCAGCCCCAGGAGUACCAAGGAGGCACCGUGACUGUCUCCAACCUUGGAAUGUAUGGCAUCACAAUGUUCAACGCGAUCAUCAACCCGCCGCAGUCGCUGAUCCUGGCGUGCGGAGGCGUGCAGGAGCUGGUUAUUCCUGAUGAGGAGGCCGAGAAAGGAUUCAGACUAGCCAAAUUCGUGUCGUUCACGGCGUCCGCCGACCACAGGGUGAUCGACGGCGCGGUGGGCGCCGAGUGGAUGAAGCAGUUCCGGCACAACAUGGAGGACCCCGCCAACAUCAUCCUGUGAACACUGAACAGCCCUACACGCCAGAUUUGUCCGCUGGACCGAUAAGCUCGCUGCACUGAAAAACCACUGAAAUUUAAUCGACAGGGAACGGUUUGCUAUAAAAUCCAAAGCGAUAUACAUGCGACUGUUCUGAUGAUUAAAUUUCGUUGCAGUUAAAAUAAUUAUUGACCCUUGGGGGCUAGAGUAAUGUUUACCCUACGCCCCUAAUAAUCCAAACGCACACAUGCACGACUUGGUGUGAUUUGUACAAAGCUUCUAGAUUAAUAGAGUUCAGAUACAUAUUAAUACACCGUCGGCGUCAUGUGAUUGUUUAUACAUAUUAGCAUUUAUUGAAAUUCAUUGGCAUAUAAUGUCUUUAGCUCGCUUGAGAUUGUACAUAUAUAAGUGUUAUCAUUGUUUUUAUUUUGCUUUUGUUAUUUAAUCAGUGUUUAUACGAGCUUUUACCAUACGGUCCAUUGUAUAAAUCGCGGGUUAGAAAUUAGUAACCUCAUCAUAUCCUUCGUUACCGUCGUUUAUAUUUAUUUUUAUUUUUUAUUCAUUGUUGAAUAGAAUCGAGGCUGUGUUUCAGCGUUGAACCUCCACAUUUUUGUAUUGAUAUUGUUGAAUAAUACAUUUUUGUAUACACAUAAGCACACAACAUCGAAGGAUGUGCGUUAUUUAAGGGUUAUUUAUUUAGUGUAAAUGAAAGAAUGAUUACGUACAAUUCAAUAGUAAGUGAAACUGCUCCGAGAUUUUUAUAGGUAUUGUUUCAAUAAAUUUGGAAUGCAUAUUCAUCGAAUGUAUUUUGGAGUACAGAUCUUUAUUUAUUUACUACUAGUGCCAGUUUGGGGACUGAAGUGAGCUUGGCCGAGUAGCUGGUGUACAUAUUGAACAAGUGCCGCACGCGUAGUAACAUAAAGGCCAAUUCAUAGUUUUUCAAUUUUCAACCUUACGCCGUACUUAAUACGAUCAAAUUUGUGACGCAAUUUUCUACAAAAUUGAAUCCGAUAGGCUAUUUUUAAUUGUGAACCUUAUUUGUAUUUAUUUACGAUUGAUUUUAAAACAGACUGGGUCUUUGUAUUAUUGAGCGUGCGUUGUGACUCGCCGCAAGAUAUCGUUUUGUUACCAUGCGUCGAGUUUUGAUGCCGAUAGAUGAUUUUAUGAAUGUUAGUAAAUAUAUUUUAUUUAUAAAUAAA